AUGACCUUGUUCCCCACCAAGUUUGAAAAUGGGAAGAUUGAGUACAAGAUAAGGUACAAGGGGAGAUCAAGGCCAUUCUCUAGAGCCAAGGCCUUGGUCACUUCAGAACAGUCCAGGGACCCAACCAAGCUAAAGGAGCUUCUGUCUCAAGUCCUCACUAUCACCCUUGAUGGUGACAAAGAAGCCAGCUCGACCGACAGCUCGAUCGAGCUAGAAACAAGGGCAACUCGAUCGAGUUCCACAACUCGACCAAGUUCUAGCUACUGUUCUUUCAAUCAUCAUCCAAGCAAGGAACCCAACUUAAGAAGCAACAAGUUUAAGAUGUUGAGAGGUGAAGGAAGCAAGCAGCUUCACAAAGGAGGAGAUAAUGAGAGGAGCAAGGAGAAUGCUAAAGACAAUAACCAAGGAAGAUGA